AUGGAGGCGUUGAUGAAGAGAUUAAUCAAGGUCAAGCAAACGGUUUUUGCUAAUAUUGCAAGCAAACAGACAGUCAGCAUCCAUUUAAUAUUGACGAUUGUUCUAAAUUCUUGUAUAUAUAUUUUCAUUUUCAGUCUCCAUUUUCUCACACUCUAUCUAAGAAGUUGUAAUUUGUUUGAAGGAAGUUGGGUUUUUGAUGACUCUUACCCAAUUUAUGAUUCAUUGAGCUGCCCCUUUUUAUAUGAUGGUUUCAAUUGUCUCAAGAAUGGCAGGGUUGAUAAGUUUUAUCACAAAUAUAGAUGGCAGCCUACUGCUUGCAAUCUACCCAGGUUUGAUGGAAGAGCUUUGCUGGAAAAAUUGAAAGGUAAAAAGGUUUUAUUUGUGGGAGAUUCACUAGGCAACAAUCAAUGGGAAUCCCUUGCAUGUUUGCUUCAUGCUGCUGUUCCUUCUUCCAAAUACGUCUAUCAGCCAGGGGGUACUCUUAUCACUCUAGAUUUUCCGGAAUAUGGAGUGACACUGCAGUACUUGAAGAAUCAAUUUCUGGUAGACUAUUCCUUUGAGAAAAGUGGUCGAAUUUUGAAGCUCGACUCCAUUAAUAGCAGCUCAUUCUGGAGAGAAGCUGAUGUUUUAAUCUUCAACAGUUAUCACUGGUGGAUUCAUGCUGGAAAAUUACAACCGUGGGAUUUCAUUGAGCUUGGUGGGAAACAAUUUAAAGAUAUGGAUCGUAUGAAAGCAUACAAAAUUGGGUUGACUACUUGGGCUAAAUGGAUCGACUCCAACAUUGAUCCUGCCAAGACUAAAGUCUUCUUUCAAGGAAUUCCUGCUGUCCAUUUUGCUGGUGCAAAUUGGGGUGAGCCAAAGGAGAAAACUUGCCGGGGCCAAACUAAACCCCUAGUGGGAUCAGCCUAUCCAGGAGAGAGAUAUCCAGGAGAACCUAUCUUAAAGGAAGUGUUGAACACAAUGAAGAAGCCUGCUUAUUUGCUUGAUAUUACAUUGUUGACUCAGUUGAGAAAAGAUGGGCAUCCAUCUUUGUAUGCCAAGGCUGGCACACUAGAUUGCAGCCACUGGUGUGUUGCAGGAGUACCAGAUACUUGGAAUCAGCUAUUGUAUAUCGCUCUUAUUUCAUAAUAGUCUGCUUUUGA